GACUACUCUCUCGUCAGCUUCCGCUUCAUCGUAACUUCGUACGUUUUUUCUCCCUCGCUGCGAAAACAAGCCUAGGGUUUAAGUGUAGACAGCUGACGGACUUCCGCCGGAACCCUAGUCGCCGGAAACAAUGGCAUCCGUCUACAUUCCAGUUCAGAACUCCGAGGAGGAGGUCCGAGUCGCUCUCGACCAGCUCCCUAGGGACGCCUCCGACAUUCUAGAUAUCCUCAAAGCCGAGCAAGCCCCUCUCGAUCUCUGGCUCAUCAUCGCGAGGGAGUACUUCAAGCAAGGGAAAAUCGAUCAGUUUCGCCAGAUUUUGGAGGAAGGAUCCAGUCCUGAGAUCGAUGAAUACUAUGCUGAUGUGAGAUACGAGAGAAUUGCUAUUUUAAAUGCUUUAGGGGCCUAUUACAGCUAUCUUGGAAAAAUUGAAACAAAGCAAAGAGAAAAGGAGGAACAUUUUAUCUUGGCAACGCAGUACUACAACAAAGCUUCGAGAAUUGACAUGCACGAGCCUUCUACUUGGGUUGGGAAAGGUCAACUUUUACUGGCUAAGGGUGAUGUAGAACAGGCCUUUGCUGCAUUUAAGAUAGUAUUGGAUGGAGAUCGAGAUAAUGUUCCUGCUCUUCUUGGCCAGGCAUGUGUUGAGUUUAAUCGUGGACGCUACUCUGAUUCCUUGGAUUUGUAUAAGAGGGCCUUGCAAGUGUAUCCUGAUUGUCCUGCAGCUGUAAGAGUUGGCAUAGGUCUCUGUUGCUACAAAUUGGGUCAAUUUGAAAAAGCUCGGAAGGCAUUUCAGCGUGUUUUGCAGUUAGAUCCAGAAAAUGUUGAGGCUCUUGUGGCACUUGGAAUUAUGGAUUUGCAUACAAAUGAUGCCUCUGGAAUUAGGAAAGGAAUGGAAAAAAUGCAACGGGCUUUUGAGAUAUACCCUUACUGUGCAAUGGCCUUGAAUUAUCUAGCCAACCACUUUUUCUUCACUGGUCAACAUUUUCUAGUCGAGCAACUGACUGAGACUGCACUGGCUGUAACCAAUCAUGGACCAACAAAGUCCCAUUCUUAUUACAAUUUGGCACGAUCUUACCACAGCAAGGGGGACUAUGAAAAAGCUGGGCUUUACUACAUGGCAUCUGUCAAAGAAAGCAAUAAGCCUCAUGACUUUGUGUUACCAUACUAUGGUCUGGGCCAAGUACAACUGAAGUUGGGAGAUUUUAGAAGUUCUCUUUCAAACUUUGAAAAGGUCUUGGAAGUUUACCCCGAAAAUUGUGAGGCUUUGAAAGCUCUUGGUCACAUAUAUGUUCAGCUUGGGCAGACAGAGAAAGCUCAGGAGUAUUUGAGGAAAGCUACAAAAAUUGACCCACGUGAUGCCCAGGCUUUUCUAGAUCUGGGAGAGUUGCUAAUUACAUCUGAUACUGGAGCUGCUCUAGAUGCCUUCAAAACUGCACGUGGUCUUCUGAAGAAGGGGGGUGAAGAAGUACCAAUAGAACUACUGAACAAUAUUGGGGUUCUCUAUUUUGAACGGGGAGAAUUUGAGCUUGCUGAACAAACUUUCAAGGAGGCUGUUGGUGAUGGUAUAUGGCUUUCUUUUAUUGAUGAUAAAGCAUAUUCAUAUGCUAAUGAUGCUAGGACAUCUAUGCAUCAUUUCAAGGAUAUGCAAUUAUUUCAUCAACUUGAGGAAGAUGGUCAUUUUGGGGAACUACCUUGGAAUAAAGUCACUGUACUGUUUAACCUGGCUAGACUACUUGAGCAGUUAAAUAACACAAAAACUGCAAGCAUAUUGUACCGCUUAAUCUUGUUUAAGUUUCCUGAUUAUAUAGAUGCUUAUCUGCGGCUUGCUGCAAUUGCAAAAGCUCGAAAUAACAUUCAAUUGAGCAUUGAGCUGGUUGGUGAUGCCCUGAAGGUGAAUGAUAAGGGCCCAAAUUCAUUAUGUAUGCUUGGUGACUUGGAGCUUAAAAAUGAUGACUGGGUUAAGGCGAAAGAGACCUUCCGCUCUGCCAGUGAUGCAACUGAUGGGAAGGAUUCGUAUGCCACUCUCUCUUUGGGUAACUGGAAUUACUUUGCGGCAAUUCGCUCUGAGAAAAGAGCUCCCAAGUUGGAAGCUACUCAUUUGGAGAAAGCCAAGGAACUCUACACAAGAGUUCUGGUUCAGCAUAAUGCUAAUUUAUAUGCGGCCAAUGGAGCGGGAGUGGUCUUGGCAGAAAAAGGCCACUUUGAUGUUUCAAAAGAUAUUUUUACACAGGUUCAAGAAGCUGCAAGUGGAAGUGUUUUUGUCCAGAUGCCUGAUGUGUGGAUAAACUUGGCACAUGUUUAUUUUGCCCAAGGAAAUUUUGCAUUGGCUGUGAAAAUGUAUCAAAAUUGCUUGAGGAAGUUUUAUUAUAACACAGAUAGUCAAGUUCUUCUCUAUCUAGCUCGUACUCAUUAUGAGGCUGAACAGUGGCAAGACUGCAAAAAAACUUUACUGAGAGCCAUCCACUUGGCACCUUCAAAUUACACCCUGAGAUUUGAUGCAGGUGUUGCAAUGCAAAAGUUCUCAGCAUCAACCCUACAAAAAACAAAGAGGACUGCAGAUGAGGUGCGAUCAACAGUUGCAGAGCUAAAGAAUGCUGUUCGUAUAUUUAGUCAGUUGUCUGCAGCUUCCAACCUUCAUUUUCAUGGUUUUGAUGAGAAGAAAAUAGAAACCCACGUUGGGUAUUGCAAGCACUUACUUGAUGCUGCAAAAGUUCACUGUGAGGCAGCAGAGCGUGAAGAGCUGCAGAACCGGCAUAGAGUAGAACUUGCUCGUCAGGUCAAUUUGGCUGAGGAAGCCCGUCGUAAAGCCGAAGAACAAAGGAAAUUUCAGUUGGAGAGGAGAAAACAAGAGGAUGAGCUAAAGCGAGUGAUGCAACAGGAGCAACAUUUCGAGCGUGUCAAGGAGCAAUGGAAGAGUAACAAUCUUAACUCUAAGCGGAAAGAAAGGUCCCAGAUUGAUGAUGAUGAGGGUGGGCAAAGUGAGAGGAGGCGACGAAAAGGUGGAAAGCGGAGAAAGAAGGAUAAAUCACGGUAUGACUCGGAAGAAGCGAGAGCAGAUGCAAUGGAUGAUCAGGAUGAAAUGGAAGAUGAAGACACCAACAUGAACCAUAGGGAGUCCACAAAUCAGAUGAAUAAUCAAGAUGAUGAUGGAGAAGAUGACGCUCAAGAUCUUCUUGCAGCAGCUGGGCUUGAAGAUUCUGAUGCUGAGGAUGACAUGGCUGGACCUUCAUCAGGAAAUCGCCGGAAGCGGGCAUGGUCAGAAUCUGAUGAAGAUGAGCCACAAGACCAGCGACCAGAGUCCAGUCCUGUGAGAGAGAAUUCUGCUGAGAUGCAGGAAAGCGAUGGGGAAAUCAAAGACGACAAUGACAAGCCAAAUGGAGAUGCUGCUGAAGAUGAUGAGGAUUGAGACCCAACAAGUCAGCAAAAACUCCGCCUUUUGUGAAACAACCUCCCUCACUAUCAUAUAGACGUUUUCCAAAUGUGAUAGAAAUAUUUAGGGAGAGGAUCGUGGCAUGUCUGAGUCUCCUAAAGUCUGCAUUUUUACAAUGUGGAGAGGCUCAGAACACAUUGUCCAUAGAUGCCGCAUCCACUCGUAAAUUCUCAGUAUAUUUCAUGUAAAUGAUCACAGUGGUUUCAUAUUGAAGGGUGGUCCUGAUAUAUUUCAGGUAGGUAAAAGUGUCAAUGAGCUUUGACUACUUAUGCAGAAAAAAAGAAAGGAAAAGAAGAGAAAAAUGUGGAGGUGAAGACACCUGGACAGAGGUGACUGACAGUGAUAGAGUCAGCUGAGCUGUAGACGGGAGCGUUCAAAGCGUACGGUGAGUUUGCCGUACUGAUUUUACAAAAAGAAAAAGUAUAAAUUGGAAUAGUCUGUUGUAAUAAAAGGAGUCUGAAGUCUGAACGCAGAAGACACACACAUCUUUCUCUUCCUCUCUGCUCUGUGCUCUCCAUCUGGACCAGAGAGAACAGAGAGGCCAGAGUCCAGACCCACACCCACCAACCAAACAGCCAGAAGAGUACAGAGCUCUUUUGGCAGGCCCCAACGUGACUGACCUCACCCUCACCCUCACCCUGACUUUUCUCUGCCUCCAUUCCUUUGUUCCACUUACCUCUUUCCUUGUUACCACAAAUAUUUUUCUUUUCUUAUAUUCUUAUGUUCUUCAGGUGUCUUCUCUUUUUUAAGUUAUUGGGUCGAGUGAGAAUUACUCGUUAUCAUCCCAUCCAUGUAACUUGCCACAUUUUGGAUCAACUAAAUUUGUCAUGACUCAUGCUUGUAUUUGGAAGUGGUAUCUGGUUAAUAUUUGGGAGCUUUUGAAAAA